AUGGUGUACCAGCACUUUUGUCAUAAAAGAAGCCGACUGCAUUUUAGCCUUGGGCGUAAUGUGAUCAACUCUUCGCGUACCAUCAGAAUGAGCGAACGUGACAUGGCCUCUAAAGAGCAGAGCAUCGAGUAUUCUGAAGAUGUUGUUAAUGAGAAUGCCACAACCGACGUUUUCUCGGAUGCUCGCAAGAACGCCGUAGUAGCGAUAUGCUCUGCGGCCUGUUUCCUCACACCAAUGGCAGGGCUGGCGUUCCUGCCGGCAGUACCAACCAUUGCACGGCGCUUUCACACAACAAGCUCAAUGAUUAAUAUCUCCAAUGCUGUGUACAACGUGUGCAUGGGUCUUUCGUGUUUUUGGGCGCCGUUUAGUGAUACCUACGGCAGAAAGCCAGCUUUUCUAAUUUGCAUGUUCUUUUGUGUGUUGUCCACGGUACUAGUUGGUUGCUCCCAGAACUUAGCCAUGUUUUUUAUAUUCCGUGCAACAACUGCAUUUUUUGGCACGGCCUUCUUUACCAUCGGUGCCCAGGUUAUUGGGGACAUCUACCCGCCAGAAAAGCGAGGCGGCGCAAUGGGAUGGAAUAUCGCUGGAAGUCAGAUCGGACCUCCGCUGGGGCCCACCUUUGGAGCUAUUAUAGUGACGUAUUCGUCUUGGAGAUUGAUAUUUUACAUUUUGGCAAUUCUAGGCGGCAUAAUGUUCGUGCUCGGAUUUUUUUUCCUGCCCGAAACCAAACCCAAUAAUCGGCAUGUCGCAGCGGUCCGCGACUUUAAUGCACGGCCGGAGGUAUUGGCGGAUCCUUCCAAGAAAAGAAGGUUUGUUUUCUUACCUUUCAACUUUGUGCGUCCGAUAACAUCACUCAAAUAUCCUAGUCUCAUCUUAGCAGGCAUAGCUUCGAUGGCCCUAAUGUACAACAUGUACUCGUUACUGACGCCAAUCCGGCUCGUGGUAGAUCCGCGUUUUGGCAUCACGGUACCGCUGUACGGGGGGCUUUUCUAUCUAGCGCCAGGUAUGGGCUACCUGGUGGGAUCGCUCAUGGGCGGCAAGUUGUCAGAUUACCAGGUGAGGAAAAGCAUCCAAAAGCGUGGCAGGCGUGUUCCCGAGGAUCGGCUGCGAAUAACUCUCGUGUUUUUUGGCGUGUUCAGUCCCGCGUCCAUGAUCGCGUACGGCUGGUCGAUACAGACACGAAAAGGCGGGUACGCCCUGCCAGUGAUCAGCAUGUUUCUGAACGGGCUAUGCCAGACAUGCGUCUUCCCAACGAUAAACAGCUACUGCAUAGAUUCGAUGGCAGUGGAGAUCGGCGGCGGCGCGGUUGGCGGCAACUAUAUGAUACGCUUUUUUGCGUCGGCGGUAGGGUCGGCAACCUGUCUGCAAGCGAUCAAUAACGUUGGAAUCGGGUGGACAUCCACUAUUUCGGCAGCAGUGCUUGUUGUAGGGGCCAUCGCGACUGUCGUUCUGGUUCUUUACGGGGAGCGGAUGCGGGGAGGAGCAGCGCGAAGUACUAUGUAG